AUGGAGGUGAUAGCAGCCAUCUGGACGGGUUACGUUGCUGUUCAAGACUUUCCAGUUUUGCCUAAAUUACCACGGUCAGCGUUGGCGGCGAUGGACGAAACCGGAGAUUGCUCUAGAGAUGAUGCCAGAAACUGUCCUCGAGGACACUGGAGACCAGCAGAGGAUGAAAAACUCCGGCAACUUGUUGAACAAUAUGGUCCCCAGAAUUGGAACUCAAUUGCUGAGAAGCUCCAAGGAAGAUCAGGGAAGAGUUGCAGAUUGAGGUGGUUUAAUCAACUAGACCCAAGGAUCAACAGAAGGCCAUUUACAGAAGAAGAAGAAGAAAGGCUUCUUGCAGCUCAUCGUAUACAUGGAAACAAGUGGGCACUUAUAUCCAGGCUCUUUCCAGGUCGAACCGAUAACGCUGUGAAGAAUCAUUGGCAUGUUAUUAUGGCAAGAAAGCAAAGAGAACAAUCGAAAGUAUGCGGUAAAAGAAGUUACCAAGAUAUUAUUAGUCCCUCCAACUCUCCCUCUUAUGGUUUUCGACGAAAGAAUUCAAAAACUCAAGAGGGUUAUGGCCCAAAAUUUCGAUUGGACAACACGCGAUACUUCGAAUUCCAGAACCCGAACAAAGAGCGAAUUUUCUCAGUAUCAUCUUCCAGUUCAUCCCCUUCAUCAUGGACUUUUGCCCAACCGGGUGCAAUUUUAGCUACAAACAACUCAUCUUUAGUAGAUUUAUUUGGGAGAGAAGACAGACAUCAAUUCCAUUCUAGCUCAUUUCAUUGCACUACACAAAGCUCCAACAGUUCAGACCAAUCUCUUAGGCACUAUUAUUUGAAUUCAGCAAUAUGUGGCGGCUACCGGGAUUCAGCUGGUGCAGUUGGGACUCCAAAUUACAAGAGAGUUGUUAGCCGAUUUGGGUGUUCAAAACUUGGUGAUUUUAAUGGAAAUAUUCAUGGAAUGAGCAAGAGGGAGUUGGUGGUUUAUGGCGAUAAUUCGCAGCCAGUUUCAAAUAUAAGGUCGACUGUUGAGCAAGAUCAAGGAGAUCAAUCCAUUAAAAAGAAGGAUAUUCCCUUCAUAGAUUUUCUAGGUGUGGGAGUCUCUUCUUGA